AUGCCUUCACCGCUCAGCAUCACACUGACGGUCGCAAUUUCUGCGACUGGUCUUCUCGCGCAUCCACUUUUCAACGGGAAGCUCAUUUCCAGGGCAGACGAUCUUCUUCCCGAAUAUGAUUAUGUUGUUGUAGGCGCUGGUGCGUCAGGCCUUACCGUUGCCAAUCGACUAUCCGAAGAUCAGAAUGUUAAGGUGUUGGUUAUCGAGGCCGGCCAAUUCGACCAAGACGAGCCUUUCGUCACGAUCCCAGGCCUUGCUGGUGGCGCCGUCGGAACCAAAUAUGAUUGGAACCUCACGUACAGCGCAAAUCCGCAGGUCAACAAUCGUUCCGUUCCUAUUCCUUUGGGCAAAGUUGUUGGCGGAUCGACUAAGCUUAACCGCAUGGUCUUCGAUCGUGGUUCGCAAUCUGAUUACGAUACAUGGGAGGCCUUGGGAAACUGGGGGUGGAACUUCCGAAGUAUUCUGCCCGGUUUCAUAAAGUCAGAGACCUUCACACCACCAACAGCAGCAAUCCAGGCCGAAUACGGCAUCAAGUAUAACCCCAGCAACUACGGAACCAAGGGUUACAUCCAAACAACUUUCUCUUCCUUUUUCUGGCCGACUAUCAAAAAUUUCAUCAACGCCGCUCAAGAGCUUGGCAUUCCGAUCAAUGACCAAGCUACAGGAAAUGCAUUUGGUGGUUACUUCUGCCCGCACAACAUAGACACCAAGACCCAGACGCGUUCUUCCGCAGAAGAAGCCUACUAUGCAUCUGCACAGAAGCGCUCCAAUUUUCAUCUUCUAGCUAGCCACCAGGUGACGCGAAUACUCACAGGGAAGGCAAACGGUGUGCCCAAAGUGACUGGCGUUCAGUUUGCCGCUUCUGCUGGUGCGAAGAGCCAACAGACAAAAGUCAAGAAGGAGGCUAUCCUUGCCGCUGGAGCACUGCACACACCUCAGCUAUUGCAAGUGUCCGGUAUUGGCGACCCUGCUCAUCUUGCUUCCAUCAACGUACCCACUGUUGUGAACCUCCCCGCGGUUGGACACAACCUCCAUGACCACGUUUCCCUCUUUGUGCUCAACCAACUCAACACGACGAUUCUCACCAGCGGUACCCUGCAAUCAAACGCUACGUUCGCUGCUGAAGCUCGCAAGCAGUACGACCAAUUAAAGACCGGUCCUUUAACUUCCCCAACUGGAGACUUUCUCAUGUUCCUUCCUGUCUCGACUUACUCCAACGCCACGAAAGCCAUCUUAUCACAAGCUAUUGCAGCUGGACCAUCCGCCUCGCUUCCAAAUGGCGUUCCGGCCGAAGUCGCGCGCGGUUACGCAGCACAGUUUGCUAUUCUCAACAAGAAGCUCGAGGCCAAAGAUGCAGCCUUCCUAGAGUUGAUCUGGGCAGACGGUGCUAUGAUUCUUGGACUACAACAUCCGUACUCGCGUGGGUACGUUAAAGCGGCUUCUGCCAACAUAUUCGACGCUCCUAUUGCCGAUGCGGGUUUCCUGCGAAACGCAGUCGACAUCACUCUCCUUCGCGAAGGCCUUCGUUUUGCUCGCAAGGUCUUUGCUACACGGGCAGUCGCGUCACUCAAACCAACCGAAAUCAUCCCCGGUCCUAGCGUCUCACAGGAUAAGGAUAUUGACUCUUGGGUCCGCAACACUGCAACAACGCUAUACCACCCUGCAGGCACGUGCAAAAUGGGCCCCAGAGACCAGGGAGGUGUCGUAGAUCAGCAUCUCCAUGUGUAUGGCGUGCAAGGCUUGAGAAUCGUGGAUGCGAGCACCAUGCCCAUGUUGCCAGCUGCCCACACCAUGACUACAGUUUAUUCAGUAGCCGAGAAAGCUGCCGGUAUAAUCAAGGGAGGGUUCUAA